GCUGAGCAGCGUGUAGUGCUCGCAGCAUCGGGGCUUACGCGCAGCCCCUGCAAGCCUGCCCGUGGGGGGCUCCCUAGCCCGGCGCUGCCUCUGACUCGUGCGAUCACAGGGAGAAGGGCUGGAGCGAACCAGGGGCGCGGCGUCAGGACAGCCCCGCGCCUAUUGGGUGACACGAUUGGCGGGCGUGUGGUGAAGAGGGGCGGCGCUAGGCCAGCGACAGGCGCGCGACCUCCCGCUCAGGGCACGUGAGGGACACGCCCCGCCCCGCCCCGCGCGCAGCCGCGCUACCGCCCGGAAACCGGAAGCGCGGCGGCCCGCAAGCCGUCAGGUCACGUGCGGCCGCUCAGCUGAGCAUCUGCGGAAGUAGCCCGGCCGGAGUGACCUGGGCCGGAGGGGGGUCGGGCGCGGCCGGGCUCGCUGCGCGAGACAGGAGGGGCGGGGGCGGGGUCGGUGCUGCAGGAGCGGAGUUGCUCCCCGGUCUGUCGGGGGGCGGGGCGUUCUGCAGGAGGGGAGUUGUCGGAGGGUGCAGCGGGCUGCAGCGAGGGGGCUGCGUCGGGAUGAGUUGAGGGGAGGGAGCUGAGUGGGUGGCGGGGGACUGGCUGGUGAGGGGGCGGCCAUGGCCUCCAUCCUGGACGAGUACGAAGAUUCGCUGUCCCGCUCCGCCUCCCUGCAGCAGAGCCGCGCCAGCGUGGGCAUCCCGCACUCCGGGUAUGUGAAUGCUCGGCUGGAGAAGGAGACUCCAAUAUUUAACAAGCAAAGGAUUGAUUUCACUCCUCCAGAGAAAAUUAACAGCCUUGUGGUCUCCUGUAACCAACUCUGUAUGAGCCUUGGCAGAGACACCCUUUUCAGGAUUGAUCUUGGCAAGGCAGAUGAACCUAAUCAGGUAGAGUUGGGACGCAAGGAUGAAGCCAGAGUCUACAAGAUGUUUUUGGACCACACAGGAUCUCAUCUUGUGAUUGCACUGAACACUAGUGAAUGCCUGUAUUUGAACAGAAGUGCUCAGAAGGUGCGGACGCUCUCCCGCUGGAAAGGUCACUUGAUUGAAAGUGUGGGCUGGAACAAGUUUCUGGGUUCAGAGACUAACACUGGUCCUAUCCUGGUGGGGACAGCCCAGGGCCAAAUAUAUGAGGCUGAGAUCUCUGUCAGCGAGGGAAGUCUCUUCAGCACUAAUCUGGACCAGUAUUUCCGACUGGCCUAUACCUUAGAGGAGGAGGCAGGACCGACCCCAGUCUGCUGUCUGGAAAUAGAGCGAGGGCUCGAUGGGAAAUGUUUUAUCAUUGCCACUACUCGUAAGAGACUCUUCCAGUUUGUUGGCAAAGUGCCUGAGGGGGCGGAGCAACAGGGCUUUGGCUUCGUGUUUGGCAUGCAUGCAGACCACUUGCCCAGCUUCCGAGAGUUCCCAGCCAGCUUUGGCUACAGCGAAAUAGCAUUUUACACUCCAAAGCUACGCUCCUCCCCACGCUCCUUUGCCUGGAUGAUGGGAAAUGGGGUCUUGUAUGGUACAUUGGACUAUGGACGGCCUGACUCUAUUCUGAGUGAUGAACGGGUCUGGGAGUAUCCCUCUGAUGUAGAUGUGGCAGCUAACAAGCCAAUCUCCAUAGUGCUCACCCAGUUCCACUUCCUGCUGCUACUGCCUGACAGAGUGAAGGCUGUGUGCACUCUGAAUGGGCAGGUUGUCUUCCAAGACCUGUUCUUGGAGAAGUUUGGCUCGUUGAAGCGCAUGAUCAAAGAUCCCACAGUCGGGCAGAUCUGGAUCUACACGGAGAAAGUUGUAUUCCGCUACCACGUACAACGGGAAUCGAGAGAUGUCUGGAAGAUGUACAUGAACAUUAACAAGUUUGAUCUGGCCAAAGAGUACUGCAAAGACCGUCCUGAGUGCCUAGAUAUUGUGUUGGCAAGAGAGGCAGAACACUCCUUCCAAAACAAGAGGUACCUAGAUAGUGCCAAGUGUUAUGCACUGACCCAGAACUACUUUGAAGAGAUUGCCCUUAAGUUCAUUGAAGCCAAGCAGGAGGAGGCAUUGAUGGAGUUUCUGCUCAAGAAACUGGCCAGCUUAAAGUCCUCUGAAAAGACGCAGACAACUUUGCUGACCACCUGGUUAACAGAGCUUUACUUGAAUCGGCUAGGUGCUCUGGAGGGGAACACCUCGAAAAGGAAUCUCUUUGAGGCGACUCGGGAGAAGUUCUGCGGCUUCCUGAGCAGCCCCAGAAACAAAGAGUGCCUGUUCAAUAACCGAGCGUCCAUCUAUGAGUUGCUAGCAAGCCAUGGGGACACAGAACACAUGGUCUAUUUUUCAGUUAUUAUGCAGGACUAUGAGAGAGUGGUAGCCCAUCACUGCCAGCAUGAUGACUAUGAUGAAGCCCUAAACGUCCUUACCAGACACAGAGAUGAGAAGCUCUUUUACAAGUUCUCUCCGGUCCUGAUCCAGCACAUCCCCAAGAAGGUGGUUGAUGCUUGGAUCUCCAUGGGCACGAAACUGGAUGCCAGGAAGCUCAUACCUGCCCUCGUCAACUACAGCCAAAGUGGGAGCACCCAACAGAUCAGUGAAGCUAUUCGAUACAUGGAAUUCUGUGUGUGUGAGCUGGAGGAAACCGAGCAAGCCAUUCACAACUAUCUGUUGUCUCUCUAUGCUUUGUGUCGGCCAGACUCGCUGCUAUCAUAUCUCGAACAAGCAGGAGCCAACCCUAACAGGAUCCACUAUGACCUGAAGUAUGCGCUUCGGUUGUGUGCAGAGCAUGGACACCACCGAGCCUGUGUCCAUGUUUACAAAGUGAUGGAGUUAUAUGAGGAAGCAGUGGAUCUAGCUCUGCAGGUGGAUGUGGAUCUAGCAAAGUCCUGUGCAGACCUCCCUGAAGAGGAUGAGGAACUACGGAAGAAGCUCUGGUUGAAAAUUGCUCGCCACGUGGUCCAGGAAGAGAAGGACGUCAAGAAGGCUAUGGCCUGCCUUUCUAGCUGCAACUUACUAAAGAUUGAAGACGUCCUUCCCUUCUUCCCUGACUUUGUCACAAUCGACCACUUCAAGGAGGCAAUCUGCAACUCUCUGGAGGACUACAACAGGCACAUUGAGGAGCUGAAGAGAGAGAUGGAGGAAGCUACACAGAGUGCCAAGAGAAUCCGGGAGGACAUCCAGGAGAUGAGAAACAAAUAUGGCUCUGUGGAGCCUCAGGAGAAGUGUGCAGCCUGUGACUUUCCACUCCUAAACCGCCCUUUCUACCUUUUCCUUUGCGGCCACAUGUUCCACUAUGACUGUCUGUUCCAGGCAGUUUUUCCAAACCUGCCUGCCUACAAGCAAGCUAAGCUAGAAGACCUUCAGAAGAAGCUGGGAGCCACAAGCCAGCCCUCCAAAGCCCAUCAUCGCCCCAAGGACACAGAUGCCACCAGCUUGGGGAAGGGACAGCAGAGUCGGGAGCAGAUCAAGGCAGACAUUGAUGAUAUUGUAGCAGCUGAAUGCGUGUACUGUGGGGAGCUGAUGAUCCGGUCCAUUGACAAGCCUUUCAUUGACCCACAAAAGUAUGAGGAGGAGAGGCAGAGUUGGCUGUAGGGUCACACAGUUAUUGUUCGAGGCUGCGCAUGAACACAAAACUUUGAGUUAUACGUCAUGUCCACUGCCUGUGAAAUAUGCAUAUUAGGAAUUAGCCUCCAGAAAUCUGAAAACAAAUGGAUUCGAUAGAGCUCUAAGGAGAGAGCAGCUGGUACUGUUAUGUGGAAAGCAAUGAGUUAGUCCUGGAGGACUAUGAGAGAAAUGGUUAUGGUUGUCUAAGAACUGGAAGAUUAAUUUCCACCAAUGCCUCAGAACUUCUUCUGGCUUCUCUCUGAAGGUGAGCUUGAGCUUGCCUCUUGAAGCUGCUCUUAUGAGACCCUUUGGCAUGAAGAUAAGAAUACCUCAUUGCCCAGAGAGAACUGGGAACAGAAAAAUGAUUUCAUUCAGUUGCACUGCUUCCCCAUUUUAUAGUAUUAAUUCAGGUGAAGACUGGGGCGAUGGGAAGAAGCAGUGGGGAGUGCUUGGUGGCAUAGGCUUUCAUUCAUCACUUUCAAAUUAGGAAUUGCUUUUAGUUUGCUUCCUAAUGAGAUUGUUUAGCCAGCUUUACUGACAGAAAUGUAAAAGGAAGGCAAUAGACUUGCGUUUACAUGUGUGUCUACAAACAUCUGUCCUGUUACACGAAUGCAUGGUUCUGUAUAAUAACAUAAAAAUAUGAUUCUUAAGCAGCGCAGUGUCUAAAAAGAUGCAUAUUAAUCCCUGUGUCUGGAAUUUCGGGGUUGUGGUCUUUCCCCAGUUUUCCAACAAGUUUUUUGGUCUGAUCCAUACAGUUGAAUCUUCUGUAGGAUCUCUUCACUUUGUUUCCAGCCAUUAUACUGUAGUCCAUUCUGAAUACCCAUACUGGGACAUUCUGCACAAUUACCUGUUUUGGUUCCAGCACCACUGAAGUACAGUACUUGCUAAUGGUAGUUUGAGUAUUACGUAUAAUGAUACUUCACAGGUAGCACCACUGAGUGGGCACUCCAAUGAAAGUCUAGCAAUCAGUUUCCUCAAGGACUGACCACAGCACUUCUCUGAGUCAGUGACACCAUUUCAUCUUUCAUCUUGAAGCAGAAACUUGAGAGCCUUUGGCGUCCUUUGCUAAGCAAUCUAACUGUUCCCUUCAUGGCUUAGUUGAGUGCUCCUGUAGGUCAGUGUAUUUCUCCCCAACCCCUCCAGAUGCUGCUCAGCAUUGGAAGAUUUUUUUUUGGUCCUGUUUUUGACAGGGAGAUCAUUACACUUGAGGUGGAGGAUGAGAUUUUUCUCUAGCACCUUAGUAGGAGUUAGUAGUGGCAUGUGACAUUUAGAUCUGUCAGCACUUCCUCAUGAAAGAACUAAACUUCCCAUGGAGCUUUGGCUGGGACUAAAUCACAAAGAUCCACAGAUGAGGGGCAGUCGUGAGAAUCACGUUUUGUAAAGCGGUGGUGGAUAUUUGUCAGUUUAGUUGAGAGGAAAUUAAAAAAAAAAAAAAUCUCUCCUGACUUCUAUAAAGCUUAUGUUCUUGUCUUGAGAACCCAUCUGUGACCUGCUAGCCACUCAUGACAGCUGCUGUGACUGUGGAACUGGGUCUUGGUGUAAUACAAAAUUACAUUUUGUCUUCUUAACUGGGGGUCUUAGUAGCCUCACAGGGUUCCAGUAGAACUUCCCCAACUUCUGAUCAGAGCAUUUCCUAACUGAGGGCUUAGCCUGCAAUGUUUUACUUGUGCAGUGCUGGCAGGAAGAAGCCUUAAAUCAGAGGUGGGCAAACUAUGGCCCGCGGGCCACAUCUGACCUGCGGGACCAUCCUGCCCGGCCCCUGAGCUCCCGGCCGGGGAGGCUAGCCCCCGGCCCCUCCCCUGCUGUCUCCUCUCCCCUGCAGCUAACGUGCUGGAGCAGCACGGCUUGCACCCGCCCACCUCCCAGACUUUCCAAUAAGCCUGUCCUGCCGCCAGCAUGGUAAGGGGGCAGGGAGAGUUGGAUAAGGGGCAGGAGGUCCCAGGGGGCAGUCAGGGGACAGGGGGCAGUUGGAUGGGGUGGGGGUGGUCAGGAGACAGGGAGUGGGGGGAGGUUGGAUAGGGGGUGGGGAGCAGGGGGGUUGAAUGGGGGUGGGGUCCUGGGGGGGCAGUUAGGGAUGGGGGUCCCCGGAGGGGGCGGUCAGGGGACAAGGAAUGUGGGGGAGGGGUUGGAUGGGUCGGGAGUUCUGAGGGGGCUGGGGACAGGCUGUUUGGGGAGGCACAGCUUUCCCUACCCGGCCCUCCAUACCGUUUCGCAACCCCAGUGUGGUCCUCGGGCCAAAAAGUUUGCCCACCCCUCCCCUAAAUGAACACUGUCAGAGCUGCAUUUCAGUAGUAGAAAGAACUGUUGCUAUUGGAAAUAUUAUCUUUUUACUACUAGAACUGCUGAAUAACUAGUUUCAUUAGUGCCAGCUAUUAGUGCUUGUUGAUGGCUUAUCAGUUCUCUUUUUGGUUGGUUCUGGAUUGCUGUUUGACUUGAGAGAGCUGCUCUCUGUACCAGAAGGCUUUUGUGAUGAAGACACAUGAGGUAUGUGUCUCACUUAUUGAAUGUGAUGUCUUUGAAAUUCUACAUUAAACCUUCCUGAUAUGA